GCCCUUCUCACCCUGGCUGGUAACCCGCUUUGCAGUAUCUCUCUUUUGCCAAGUACGUACAGAGCAGUUGUAAUCACCCAGCAUGAGGAAUCGAGAGAUCAGCAGCAAUCCCCUCCCUUACACCACCCUCACCUCGUAUACAGUAUCUGCGUUUCUAGAGUCGAGCACUGUUUCCAGGCCCCCAUUCCGCGUACUGUACUAGUUAAUUUCCAGGCUGGCAAGCCGCGGGAAUGCCAGGCCAACCUAAGCGCCUCUGCGCCCCACUUGCAUCUGUGUGGCUCGUCCAUCAACCUAAGCCCUGGAACGUUCCCCUCCGCGCCUCUCACGACCGUCCGUACCUGUAAUCUACGUCACUGCAGUGCAAAGUGCCUCCUCUCCGCCUGAUCCCUCAUUCCUCCCCCACCCGCCUCUCCACUCCUUGCCUCGCCACUUCUCCAGCCUUCCACUCCCGGUCUAAGCUCCCUACUUGCUUCUCCUCCCAGCCGCCGCUCACGCACGCUCGCCCUCCACGCUCGCGCGCCAGCUUCCUCCCAGCUGUCCGUGAACCGACUCAAUUGCAUGCCGCGCGCCAGUGCGCCACCCCCGCUGCCGCUUCCGCUUCCGCCUUCUCUCCGCCUCCGGCACCAUCGUCUUUCGCCCUCUCCGAUCCGCCGACUGCCUCAUAAUCGCCCCAGCUGACAGCAGCAGCGCCGCUCCCUUCCACAUCCCCCCCGGCACCGCAAGCUCGUCGCGGCUCGCCCUAAAUCCUCCCCCUCUCGCCGCAAGCUCGUCCCGGCUUAGCAACGCGGCGGGUUCUCGUUUACAGUGUCUGGUUUUGCUGCAUCCUCGAAUCGCCCUCGUCUGUCGCCGCCUUCGUCGCUGCCGCCUACUUACAGGCUAACGAGGAGGCUCACGAUUUUCAUUGCGAUAGAACGCUCGGAUUCUCCUUACCGCAUAGAUCUUACGGUAGUGCUAUGGCGGCUUAGGCGAGAGUUAAAUCGGCAGCUCUAGAGAAAGCACCUAAGCAGCGGAGCCCUCGGCGCCUCUCGUUGCAGGAUCACCCACACGAGAGUGGUCUCUUUCGCAGCGCUAUGCUCGGCGCGCUUGCAUGGCACUGAGUGACGUGUCCCUCCGCAACUGCGCUCUCCCUUCCGCCCCCGAACCGCAUCCCCAUCACCAUCCCCUUUCCACCCAUCCCGUUUCCGUUCCCUCUCCCCAUCCCCAUUUCUUACCCAGCAUGCCCUCCUCCCCGCCCCUUCAAUCCCGCCCCUCCCUGGCCGUUGGAGCACUCUCCGCUCCUUCCCCCUCCGCUCCUUCUGCGCCCGCUGCCCCGCGCGCGUCGUCCGCAUCCCCCUCCUCCUCGUCUGCUGCUUCCGCGGUCGCCAAAGCGUGGGAUACCAUACUAGGCUCAGACUCCCCCCCUGGCUCUCCCACCUCUCCCCCCUCCACCUCCGCCGGCUCCGCUGCCGGCGCCGGCAGCGGAGCCGGCGAUGACGUGGCGAGCAUCCUGGAGCAGAUUUGCCCUUGGAGCGCGGUGGAGUUUGGAUACCCGGGGUCUCUUAACUACCGCUCGCUGCUCCUCGAUUUUCACGGGCACUUGGUGUCCCCCUGGCACCACGUGCCGCUGCACGCCAAGAGCGGCGCGCUGCACUUCGUGUGCAAGACGCCGCAGGACUCGUGGGUACGAUACGAGACCGCCAACGCAGAAGACUUCACUCCCAUCCGCGUCGAGCGCGCGCCUGCCGCGGGUGACGCGGGUCCUUCCGCCUCCCCGUCCGCCGGCCCUGCCGCCGCCGCUGCCCCUGCCGCCGCUUCCGCGAGCGACCGCGCGGGGAUGGAGAGUGGGGCGAGCGGGCAAAGAGACGCAGAGGGAGAGGGCGCGCGUGGUAAGGGGGAAAGGGGAAGAGGAGCGGAGGGGAGAACAGUGGGGGAAAAAGGUCCUUCUCGUAGAGGACUGCACUACGCGGAGAACUCGAUAUUUAACAUCGGGUUCUUGCCGCAAACUUAUGCGGAUCCCGAGCAGCCUGUUAACGCGGAUUUAGACCUUCUAGCGAGCAUGGCAGGGAGCACGGGGGGAAGGGACGAGGGGGGAGAACUGGGGGGAGGGGGAAGCGAGAACGGGGCGGAAGCGGAGUGUAACUGCCCCUUGUGUGUAGAUACCGGCGGUGCUGGUGGUUACAGCGGCUACAGUAACGGUAACGGUAAUGGUAACGGCAAAAGUAACAGUAACAGUAAAAGCAGCAGGUCUGGGUGUGGCAGCAGGAGGGAUGGGAGGGGCGGUGGUGCCAGCGGGCCCCUCACCAGUGGGCGAAGCAGCUCUGGGAGCUUUGCAGGUGCUAAUAGCGGGUGUGACAGAAGCAGAACGAGUCGCAGUUGCAGCUACAGUGACGAUUGGCACUGUGGUAACAACGGCUGUAGCAGCAACAGCGGCAGCAGCUGUAACAGUGGCGGUGUGCGAAUCAGUAGUGAGGGAAGUGGGUGUGAGAGAGCGGAGGAGGAGGAGGAGGAGGAGCAGGUUAACAGUGUAACCCCCUCUUGGCGCCCCUCGCUGCUGGUGAACGACGGGAAGCCUCUAGAGGCUAUCGAGAUAGGCUUAAAACGGAUGCGGACGGGCGAGGUUUGCUCCGUGCUGCCCGUGGCCAUGUUCGCGUUGAUAGAGCCCCGCAGCCAAGGGGGCGAGACUGGAGACGAUGAGGACGGGCGCGAGGGGACGAGGGAGAGCGAGAGGGAGAGGGAGGGAUUGGAGCAAGAGCAGUGGCACGAGCAGCGUCUGGGGCAGCAACAGCCGCGGCAGCAAGCGCAGCAGGGGCGGUUGCAGCAAGAAAAGCAGCAGCAGCAGCGGCAUGGGAGGGCGGGAGUGCGCGUGCUGUCAUGGAAGCUGGUGGUGGUGUCCACGGAAGAUGCUCUCGCCAACACGCUGCACGGCAUGCACGCCCCCAUCCCCGUGCUGGCUGGCGUGCUCGAGCAGAUUCAAGAGUGGCUCCGAUUCUGCACCUGCGUGAAGCCAGGUGACGAGGAGUGCGAGUUCGCGCUGGGCGACGACCCUGCGAGCAUGCAAGCGGCGAUGGUGGUGGUGGCUCAGGCGCACGCCGCCUGGCAGCUGCUGUCGCACGACUGCCCACCGCCCAGCCCCUGGCUGCCGUCUGACCGCAUCCUCUCCGCCUCCGUGCUUCUUCAGCACUGGCGGGACAAGGGGUACCUCACACCCUCCCCCUCCUCCUCUUCCCCCUCCUCCUCCUCCUCCUCUUCCUCCACCGCCACAACCGCAGCCGUAGCCACAGCAGCCUCAGCAAGCGACGCCAAGGCAGCUUUCCUCUUAGUGAAAGGCCCAUCCCUCACCAUCUCCCUCCCCCCCUACUCCUCCCACUCCUCCCCCUCCUUCUCCCCUUCCUCCCUGCUUCCCACCAGCGCCCCCCUCUUACCCAUUACGGCUCCCACCACUGCCACCACCACCACCACCAGCAGUGCUGAGCGUAUUGCUGUCUUGCCCUCACUCCCUGCAUCCUCCUCCUUCUCCUCCUGGUCCUCCCCACAUGCCUCCCCUUCCACUGCCCCCACUCUCCCACUGCCCUCCUCCCCUCUCGCCCCCACUCCCAGCAAGUCCACUGAGCUCGCCCCUCCCCUCCCCCCCUCCUCAUCUUCCUCCUCCUCCACCCCUUCCUCUCUCUUUUCCCCGUCCUUCUCUCCCCACUCCCUCAUUCCCCCUAGCCCAGACUCCCGCACUUCCCUUCGGCAGCGACAACCGCCCUCCUUUUCUUUCUCUCCCUCUCCCCUCCCCUCCUCUCUCUCGCCCGCUUCCACCCUCACUACCCCCCCUCCAGAUGCCAUCCCCCUCUCUGAUUCCCGCAUUUGCUCUGGCCGGAAGCACGAUAGGAUCUGGGCCCGCGCGUCUAUAGACUCCCUCACUUCUACUUUUAACGAGUCAGGCUACAAACGAGGGGGAAGCGCGGGGAGGGAGAGGGCAAGGGAAGGAAAGGGCGCAAGGGGGCGUGGGGGAAGUUGGGGGGUGGGGGGAGAGAGUAGGGGCGGGGUUGGGGCAUCGAGUCCUACGCAGGGUGUGAGGGACAGAGGGGGUGGGAGGGAGAGGUGGAGUGAGGAGAGUGGGGGGUUCGUUAGAGGGAAGGGGGCAGCAGACACAGUGAGUGGAAUGCCUGAAAACGACUCCAGAUCAGGGGGAGGAGCAGGAGGAAUGAGGCACAGUAGGGGGGUAGGAGGAGGAGGACGACUGAAUGACAGUGGGAGCCAGUUUAUAGGGAAGUGCGAGACCCUUCCUUGCACUUCCUCAUCCUCUUCCUCUGCGUCUUCGUUCCUCUCGUUCUCCCGCCUCUCCUCCACUCAUCCCCGAACCAAGCUGAGAUCAGGAUCAGGCUCGUCAGACUUCAGUGCGGAUUUCCAGUUCCAGGUGGCCAGGGCAGUGAGGGAGGUGGUUGAGGGGCCACACAGAGGGAGAGGGAAAGCCCACGCUGCCAAGGCGUCUUCUGCCACUGCUGCUGCUGCUGGUGUGGGCGCUGGUGCAGGUGCUGGUGCUGGUACUGGUGCAGGUUCUGCUGCCUCUCCUCCUCCUCUGCCCAGUCCUUCCCCCAAGCCUCGACACAUGCGUAACCGGCCGGGUUUUGGCAGCUUCGGCAGCAGCUUCGUCAGCAGCUUCGCCACCGGGUUUGGGAGCAGCUUUCAUGCGCCAGCAGGGGCGGGAGGGGGAGGGGGAGGCAGGGGAGCAGCAGGGGGCAGUAGGGGAAGCCCUUGUUCCGACAGAGGUUCUAGAAGCCUGCGCAGCAGCCCUGUUUACUCUGCUGCUGCAGGUGCUCCAGAUGUUGCGGGUGCUGCUGGUGGUGCUGCUGCUGGUGUUUCUGCCUCCUACUCCUCGUCCUCCUCCCCGUCCUCGUCCUCCAUGGGAUGGCGGUUCAGCAGUGGGCGGCACAGGAGAACAGGCAGUGCCAGCAGCUGCGCCAGCAGCCCUCUCUCACUCCUCUCGCCUUCCUCUACUUCCUCCGCCCCCAGCCCCUUCUUUGCCAAUAUGUCAGCCCCAGGAACGACCCUGGAAAACCAGAGUAGUGGUGGGGGAUGGGGAGCAGGAUUAGCACGAGGAGGGAAAGGAGGAGCAGGUGGGGCAGCAGCAGGAGCAGCAGCGGGCGGAGUAGGAGCAGGUGGAAGGAGUGGAGGGGCAGGGGGGUCGUCUCUGAGUUCGUUCCGUAGUCCGGAUGAGAGUAGGGUGGGCUCUAGGCACUGCCGAGCGGGCUCUUGGGCCGGCAGCAGCUUCGCAGCAACUGGCUUUGACGCCAGCGCCUCUGCUGGUGCUGGUGCUGGUGGUGGUGGUGGUGGUGGUGGUGGUGGUGGUGGUGGUUGUGGUGGUAGUAGUAGUGGUGGUCUUGCUGCAGGUGGGUUGGGUGCUAGCGUGAGGGGAAUCGACCUGAUCCAUGCCAGUGUUGACCUGAUCGAGAGCGUUGCUGGUGACCAUUCUGGUGAGAGAGGAGGGGGGCCAGGAGGAUGGGUAGGAGGGGGAGGAGGGGGAGGAGCGGGGGGAUGGAGGAGAGUGACAGGUUCAGAUCCCUUGUCUCCAGGCUCUGCUGGGUUCUUCUUCUCCAGACCAUCUAACAGCAGCCACAGCGCAGCAGAGGGUGAUGACACUUGCACCCGCACCCUUGCUGCUGGCCCUGCCAUUGGUGCUGGCAGUGGCAGUGAAAGCAGCAGAAGCAGUGGUCGGUCAUUUCAGUCCGUUCGAUCGCCAACGCUUGAGAGGAUCUUCGGGCAGAGAAAGAACCGGCGGGCAGGGUCGGCAGAAAAAGUGCGUGGCAGGCGGGCGGAGCAGGAGGGCGAGGAGAGGGGGAUCCGAGUGGAGGAGAGGCCGAGAAUGGCUCAUGUGCAGGGCCCUGCUGCUGGUGGCGCUGCUGCUAGUGGUGGUGUUGAUAGGUGCAGCUUCGCUGAGCUGUCAUGUGCAGAGCAGGAGUCAGAAGCGCUGGUGCCUGACGCUGCAACGGCUAGGCAGGGGUCUGUGCGGCAACCUGCAUUGCUCAUCCCCGCGGGCAGAGAGGGACUAAGGGGGAGAGUAGAGAGCGUGCACUCCCAUGCUUGUGCUGCUGACGCUCCACCUUCUGCUGCUGCUGCUGCUGCUGCUGCUGCUGCUGCUGCUGAUGCUGCUGCCACCAGUGGUUCUUUUCUAUCUAAGUCUACAACCAUCUCAACAGCAGCAGCAGGAGCAGCAACAGGGCCUGUGGAUGGCGUGUGCACGGUGUGUGAGUCGGACACGUCCUCGCCCUCCUCCUGGUCCCUCUCCUCCUUCCAAGGCAGUGUCGCCAGCAGCGUUUGCAGCACCAGCACCAGCAGCACCAGCCUGGUUGCCCUAGCAGCAGCAACGGGUUGUAGCGGCCGCACCAGUGGAAUGCGCGCAGGCUGCGCUGAUGCUGCUGCUGGCGGUUUUGCUGGCGGUGGUGGUGCUGGCAGUGGUAUCGUGAUGAAAGAUUUGGACGGUGCGGAGCAGCGAAAUGAGCAUCAACAGCUGCUAUUCCAGCGGCAGCAGCAGCAGCAGGUGCAGCCGCCAGUGUCACUGCUGCAGCGCAGGAGGCAGCAGCACCAGCCUGCUCUCACUCUCUCUCCCACGCAUGUCAAGGCAAGGACAGCCAGUGCCUCCACCGCUGCUGCUCCUCCUCCUGCUGCCACCACUCAAGCUACUGCUGGAGGAGUGGUGGAUGUUGCCCCUGUGAUGCUGCUGCUGGUGCUGCUGCUGGUAUUGGUGACAGUAAUGGUGCUGUGAUUGCUGAGUGUGCGAUUGGAUGUAGGGUGGGAGAGAGAGGCAGAGAAGGGGAGGAGAGGCAAGGGAGGGAGGGCGAGAAGAAAGGCGAGAGCAUAAGCUCAGAUGGCGGCAGGAAUGUGCAGGAGGAGGAGAGGCAGAAGGGUGGAGUGUGUGGGGGAGUGUGUGGGAAAGUGUGCGGGGCAGUGAAUGGGCAAGGAAUGGACCAGUUGGGCUGUGGUGCUUUCGUUGUGGGCUGUGUGGAGGCAUGUGAGAGGGGGGGAGAGGCAUGCAAAGAGGCGCUGCCAGCUGCUGCAUCUAGAGCAGGAACUGUCAAGCCAGUUGCAGGUCCUGCCAUCCUAGCUGCUCAUUGCCCCUCUCUCCCA